CCGUGGGCUCCCGCACGGCCGCGUGCGCCUCCUCGCGCACCUGCCGCGUGCUGCGGCGCGCGGACUCCGCAGUCUGGGACUCGGGUCUAUUUCCGACCACAGGGAGAGAGAGAGCGCGCGGCGAGCUGCUGCUGCUAAAAAGGAUCGCUGUGUCCCCCCUUCGUCCUCCUCCUCCCGCCUCUCUCUCUCUCUCUGCGUGACAGCCCCCCAGUCCUGGACAACAUCACGCUGCUACAGCGGUCUGUUAAAGGUGCAGGCAGGACGCACAUCGAGGACCAAAUUCGCCGGAGGUGAACCAGGGGGUUUGCGCGUUUCGGGGAAAGCGGGACGAACCCAGGAAGACACUGCCCGGGAGCGCGAGGAGAGGCACCAGCCCCGAGCCGAGCCAUGAGCCGCAGGGUCGUCCGACAGAGCAAGUUCCGCCAUGUGUUUGGACAGGCGGUCAAAGCCGACCAGAUGUACGAGGAUAUCCGCGUGUCCAAGGUGACGUGGGACAGCUCGUUCUGCGCCGUGAACCCCAAGUUCCUGGCCAUCAUCGUGGAGUCCAGCGGGGGGGGCGCCUUCCUCGUCCUGCCCCUCUCCAAGACAGGCCGUGUGGACAAGAACUACCCGCUGGUGGUGGGUCACACGGGACCGGUGCUCGACAUCGACUGGUGCCCUCACGACGACAACAUCCUGGCCAGCUGCUCCGAGGACUGCACUGCCAUGGUGUGGCAGAUCCCUGACCACGCGCCGGUGCGGCCCCUGACGGAGCCCAUCGUCACGCUGGAGGGGCACUCCAAGAGAGUGGGCAUCGUGUCGUGGCACCCCACUGCCCGCAACAUCCUCUUGACUGCAGGCAGUGACAAUUUGAUCAUAAUCUGGAACGUGGGGACAGGGGAGCCCCUCAUUUCCCUGGAUGACCACCCCGACCUCAUUUACAACAUCAGCUGGAACCGCAACGGCAGCCUGCUCUGCACCACCUGCAAAGACAAGAAGGUCCGCGUCAUCGACCCGCGCAAGAGGGAGGUGAUCGCGGAGAGGGAGCGGGCGCACGAGGGCUCUCGGCCAAUGAGAGCGCUGUUUCUGUGCGACGGGAAGGUCAUCACGACGGGGUUCAGCCGGAUGAGCGAGAGGCAGCUGGCCCUCUGGGACCCGGCGAAUUUCGAGGAGCCCAUUGCCCUGCAGGAGAUGGACACCAGCAAUGGAGUGCUGCUGCCGUUCUACGACGCCGACACCAACAUCGUCUACCUGUGUGGGAAGGGGGACAGCAGUAUCCGGUACUUUGAGAUCACCGACGAGCCUCCCUACGUUCACUACCUCAGCACCUACAGCAGCAAGGAGCCUCAGAGGGGCAUGGGCUUCAUGCCCAAGAGAGGCCUGGACGUCAGCAAGUGUGAGAUUGCCAGGCUGUAUAAGCUGCACGAGAGGAAGUGUGAGCCCAUUAUGAUGACCGUUCCGAGGAAGUCGGACCUGUUCCAGGACGACCUGUACCCCGACACGGCGGGCCCGGAGCCGGCGCUGGAGGCCGAGGAGUGGCUGGAGGGGAAGGACGCGGAGCCCAUCCUGGUCUCCCUGCGCGACGGCUACGUGCCGGUGAAGAGCCGCGAGCUCAAGGUGGUGAGGAAGAACGUGCUGGAGAGCCGGCUGCCCCCGCGCCGCAGCAUGUCCUCCUGCGACGGCACGUUCCCGCCACAGCAGAUGAUGCUGGAGAAGCUGCUGGAGGAGAUUCAGGGCCUGAAGGCCGUGGUUCAGUCACAGGACAAGCGAAUCAGCGAUCUGGAGAACAAGCUCUCUAAAUUCACCAAUGGCACCGCCUAACCCGCCCCUGUCCCUGCUGCUCCCCAGUGUAGGACUGCUCUAUCGCCAGAGAUAGACCUCACCCCCCCCUGGGAUUCUCAGAGCCUCAGACCAACCCCCUGCCCAGCUCCGCCAUGCUGCAGUCCCCAAUACCCCUCCUCCCUCCAUCCUGCUGUCCCCUGGGGGCGUGGGCGUUCCCCCCCGUCUCCCCGAUUUGUCUCGCGCGCAGCUCAGGGGCGCCUGCGCCUCUGGCACUUCCAGUCGAGAGCAGAAAAAAAAAGAAUAUUGUAAAUAUAAAAACUGAAAGGAAAAAAAA